CUGCUUUACCUGAGGAGCUGUGUAAACUGAAAAAACUGGAAACACUACAUUUGAAUGGCAAUCACUUGAGGCAGCUACCAGCUGCAUUUGGACAACUUUCAGCUCUCAAAACCCUGAGCCUUUCUGGAAACCAGCUUCGGACUGUGCCUACACAACUCUGUGGUCUUCGCCACUUGGAUGUGGUAGAUCUUUCCAAAAACCAGAUCCAGAAUGUACCUGACACUGUUGGAGAACUGCAGGCUAUUGAGCUCAAUCUGAAUCAGAAUCAGAUUUCCCAGAUCUCAGUGCAGAUCUCCCACUGUCCACGCCUCAAAGUCUUGCGUUUAGAAGAAAACUGUCUAGAACUCAGCAUGCUUCCUCAAAGUAUCCUCAGUGAUUCCCAGAUCUCACUGCUUGCAGUAGAAGGUAACCUCUUUGAAAUCAAGAAACUCAGAGAACUGGAAGGUUAUGACAAGUACAUGGAACGAUUUACAGCUACAAAGAAGAAGUUUGCGUGAUCAUUAUUCUGACGCUGUGUAUUCCCAGUAAGAAGAGUUAGUGACUGAAGCACCUGCUUCACUGACUUAAACCAAGACUGAUGAAGGAGAUGAUCAGAGUACUCCUCCUCUAGUAGUCCGAUGCGGUCUGUUAAGGCCCCAUUGAAUAAACUUGAACUAGAGAACACGGGUAUUGAACUGAUGAACCUGCCCAGGGGCCAGUUUUGAUUUUUGUGCCACUAUAGCUUUUAACACAAUACAUGUUCUCCUUUGUCAGGGCUUGUUCUUUCAGAGAAAGGGAACGAGCGUUUCAAAGUUGCCCGUUCCCUUUUGUCAGGAAGCUGGCUAUUGAUUUGUAAGAGGAUUAUUUCUUCUGGAAACAUUUUUCUAUUAUAGCACGUGGACGUUCUACCACCAAAGCAGAUCUGAAACACUGUAUGUAUAGCAGUAAAC